AUGGCAUACCCGCAAACUGCUUUCAAAGCUGUCACACUGAAUCCGGGGUCAUUGAUUCAGAAAAGACAAGAGACUGUCUCUUCCGCAACUCUUCUGUACCAACUUGAAAUCUUGAAAUCAACGGGAAGAUAUGACGCUUUCAAGUUGAAAUGGCAUUCUUCAUACGAUGACGCUCCAGACGUUUGGCCGAUUCCGAAUCACCUGUUUUGGGAUUCAGAUAUUGCGAAAUGGAUCGAAGGCGCGUGUUAUGUUCUUCAAACACAUCCCAAUGCGGAAAUAGACGCUGCAAUCCACGAAUUGGUGGAUAUGAUUCGAUCUGCGCAACAACCAGAUGGCUACAUCAACAUCCACUUUACGGUAGUCGAGCCCGAAAAGCGAUUUACCAACUUGAGAGAUUUUCAUGAACUUUACAACGCUGGACAUUUAAUUGAAGCGGCGCUCGCACACCAGGAUCUCUACCACAACGAUCAUUUAAUGGAACCGAUUCUCAAAUACGUAAAACUACUCUGCAAGACAUUUGGCGAUGGUCCAAAUCAAAUCCAUGGUUAUCCUGGCCAUCCUGAGAUUGAACUAGCUCUGCUACGUUUGUUUGAAAGAACAAAAGAUCCCGAACAUUUCAAACUGGCAAAUUACUUCAUCACCGAACGAGGAAAUCCGACCGGCGACGAUGGACAGCACUUCUACGUAUCGGAAGCCAAAAGAAGAGGCGAUGACCCGCGCAAGCGACCAGAUUAUUGGCCGGACAAGUCAUGUCUGUGGUAUUAUUCUGCGCAUGCACCAAUUUUAGAGCAGAAAUCCAUUGAGGGGCAUUCGGUCAGGGCGAUGUAUCUGCUUACUGCAGCCGCUGAUUUGAUUUUAAAGUCUGAAUCGACUACUCCCGAUUUGAAGCAGGCUGUGCUUGGUUUGUGGGAUAAUAUGGUCGAUCGCAAGAUGUACGUGACUGGUGGCAUUGGUGCUAUGAAACAAUGGGAGGGAUUUGGGUUAGAUUAUUUCUUGCCACAAGGGACCGAUGAAGGCGGAUGCUACGCGGAGACAUGCGCGGCAAUAGGUGUUAUGAUGCUGGCAGAGCGACUUCUUCAGAGCGAUCUUGACGGUCGUUUUACAGACAUCAUGGAGCUCUGUCUUUACAAUGCCGUUUUGACGUCGAUGUCGCCAAAUGGCAAAGAAUUCACAUAUGUCAACCAGCUUGCUUCGAGCGAGGCAGAUCCAUCCCAAAGAUCUUCCUGGUUUACGUGUGCGUGUUGCCCUCCAAAUAUACUUCGUCUGUUGGGCCACAUUGGUGGCUACAUCUACACCACCACAGGCAGCUCUGCCAAUGGAGACAUUCAAAUCACAACACAUCUGUACAUCAGCAGCACCCUGGAUCUGGAGACUUUGGGUGGCAAAGGCAGUCUGACGCAAGAGACUAAUUGGCCGUGGGAUGGCACCGUCAAGUUCCGGCUCAAGUCGAGGGAAGACAAUGUCACACUGAAAGUGCGCAUUCCGGGUUGGGCUUCUGAUGAUUUCAAGCUUUCCCCUGAACUUCUCGAUAUCGGUGUCGAUAAGGGCUAUCUCACAAUCCCAGGCUCAUGGCUUGCGGAAAAUCCGAUCUUCGAGCUACAAUUGCCAAUGAAGCCCAGGCUAAUAACACCCCAUCCAUUCACCAACCAAGAUACCCUCAGCAUCGCAAGAGGGCCCAUCGUGUACUGCGUAGAGGAUACCGACAACCCAUGGGUCACCGACCAUUUCCGCAGCCUUCAGCUUGAUCCAAAGUGUCAAUUCAUCGAGCAUGAUGUGCGCGAUCGGAGCACUGGAGAUGAAUACAUUGCGUUGAGGGUGGAAAACGGUGUUUCUCUGUUCAAAGCUGGUGCAGUCUCGGGGCCAAGUACGGAGGUAAAGCAAUCUAAGGCCAUGCGGGAUCAGGGCGAAAUCGUAGAGAAACUGAACUUCGUUCCAUAUUUCUUCCGAGCAUCACGGGGCGGGAAUGGACAGUCUCGUGUGGGUAUAAGGCAAUGGCAUAGGUAG